AUGGAGGCGGCCCUGCGACAGCUGCUGUCAUGCAUCGACAGCGGCCGCCGCGACGCCGCCAGCGCGGCACUCGAGAGGCUGCAGCACGCAUGCCGCGCAGCCGCAAGCACCGCGGCGGUUGAGGUCCCCGGCGAGCGCUCCUUGGACAGACUGCUGCGGCACCUGUGCCAGGCAGGCGGCAGCGCGCUGGCGACCAAAGCGGACUUCAUCACAUGCAAAUCGUCCAACUGGGCGCUACUGGCACUGCUGACCGUGCCCGCUGUGGCGGACGCUUUUCUGACGGAGGGCCGCGUGACCGCGCUGAUCGACGCACUCGAGGCGCUCGGCGGCUGCGAGGAGGGCGGCGCCGCCGGCCGCGGGGGCGUUUUGGAGAUGCGGCUGUGGCUGCUGAGCGACAGCCUGGGGAGCGUGGCGACGGCCUUGACCGAGCAACGCAGCGGACCUGUGGGCGGGGCCCCCCUCAUCACCCCCGCGCAGCUCGCCCUGGCGGGAGUCAUCGCGCGGCCGGCCGUGGUGCGCGCCCUGCUGCGGGCGGCGCUCACGCAGCAGUCAACAGAGCUGUCUGCAGGGGACCCUCUCUCGGCGGUCGAGGCGGCGCUCCUGGUUGCAGACCACGUGCAAAGAUGUGCCACGCCAGCCUCCCAUGCUGCGCCUUCCGAGCCCCCGUCCUCCGCCGCCGACCCGCACGCCGCGGCGCGCGCGACGUGGCAGGGCGCUGACGCCGACUGGCUCUGCGAGGCGCUGCCGCCGCUGCUGGCGCUGCGGCUGGGGGAGGCCAGGUCGCGGCCGGGGACAGUAUUGGGCGAAGCCGAGCUGCGGGAGCACGCCGCGCUGUUCGUGGCCUGA